UCAUAGCAGGCGCACCCACACGUGUUCACGCUCGGGAAGCUCGAGCUGAGAGAAAGGAUCAUACUCAUUCAUGAAAUUAUCUGUAACUUAGUGAAGUCGAACAAGCUUUGAGCGUCAGUUCGGCUGCUGAACCUGGGAAGGAAAUGAGUUCAUGGACCCGAGAGUUGUAGAGCCGCCACCGCUGCUUCUUAACUAAUGAGACUGAAACAUGUGUUGAGACUGAACUUCUCCUUUUGGCUGAAAACAUGAUGUUAUAGGCCUGUCUGUCGUGACCGUGACGCGCUGGGUGUUUAUCGUUCACCCAUGAAACAGGACGAAUUUCAGCCACUUCCAGUUUAGUUUGCAAUAGUUAAACCCACCGUAGAGCGAACACUUUGAACUCCAUGAGUAUACUGAAGAGACUAGUUAAAUAUGAACGAGAAACAAGCGCUAGGAGACACUAAACUGAACGAGGAUCAGACCAAGGCGGAUUUGGAGAACCAUGUGAAGCUGGAGGCGGCUGACGUGGCGCAGAGCGCCGACGAUCAGGGUCAGCUGGACGGUCAGGGAGCGCUGCGACCCACCCGUCUGUACAAGCGGCGCUGGAUGAUCGUCCUCCUGUUCAGCUCGUAUUCACUGUGCAACUCGUACCAAUGGAUACAGUACGGCAUCAUCAGCAACAUUUUCAUGAAGUUCUACAAAGUGGACGCCUUCACCAUUGACUGGAUGUCCAUGAUCUACAUGCUGACAUACAUCCCCUUCAUCUUCCCGGUGACCUGGCUGCUGGACAAGAAGGGGCUCCGGGUCAUCGCGCUGGUGGCCACCGCGCUAAACUGUGCCGGGACGUGGAUCAAGGUGGCCAGCGCCAAGCCCGACCUGUUCGCCGUCACCUUCCUGGGACAGUUCUCCUGCUCGUGCGCGCAGGUGUUCAUCCUCGGGAUGCCGUCGAGGAUCGCGUCGGUGUGGUUCGGUUCAGAGGAAGUGUCCACCGCCUGCUCCAUCGGAGUCUUCGGGAACCAGCUGGGCAUCGCCAUCGGGUUCCUCGUGCCUCCUAUCCUGGUGCCCAAUGUGGACGACAUGGACGAGCUGGCUCACCACAUCAGUGUCAUGUUCUACAUCACGGCAGGGGUGGCUACUUUGCUCUUCAUCCUUGUUGUCUUCGUCUUCCAGGAGCGUCCUGAACUUCCUCCGACCCAGGCCCAGGCCACGGCUCGUAGCAUCCCGCCAGAGCAGUACUCCUACACCGCCUCCAUCCUCAGGCUGCUCCGCAACAGGCCCUUCAUCCUCCUCAUCGUCACUUACGGUUUGAACGUGGGCUGCUUCUACGCCGUUGGCACCUUGCUGAACCGCAUGAUCAUCGAGCAUUACCCUGGAGAAGAGGUGAAUGCCGGGAGGAUCGGCCUCACCAUUGUCAUUGCGGGGAUGGUCGGCUCCCUGAUCUGUGGCAUCUGGCUGGACAAAACUAAAACCUACAAGCAGACCACCCUGGCGGUCUACUUCAUGUCUCUGGUGGGGAUGAUAGUCUAUGCUGCUACACUCAGUCUGGGACACCUCUGGGUGGUCUUCAUCACCGCUGGAGCUCUUGGGUUCUUCAUGACAGGCUACCUGCCGCUGGGUUUCGAGUUUGCGGUCGAACUGACGUACCCAGAGUCAGAGGGAACUUCGUCAGGACUCCUCAACUGUUCAGCACAGGUGUUCGGCAUUAUAUUCACCAUCUGCCAGGGGAAGAUCAUCGACAGGUUCGGCACACUGGCAGGAAACAUCUUCCUCUCUGUGUUUCUUCUCAUUGGCACAAUAAUGACAGGCUUAAUAAGGUCCGAUCUGAAGAGACAGACUGCAAACCGGUUGGCUAAAGAGGCGGAGGGGCGGAUGUCGGGACAAGACUACGGAGCCACGGCGCUAAUCUCCGAGCCGCAGACUCCUUCUUCUCAAGCCUGAUCAAUAAACCUUUCUGCUGCCACAAAAAAAAAAAAUCUGCUCAAAUCUUAGCUCAACAUGCAGAUGCACAAAGGAGCCGUCUGACUGCCCCAGUGAGAGCCUGGCUGCACCUUCCAUCGUCAGAGAAGCCGUCUUUUAGACACACACUAACAUAAGAGCCUCGAAAAUGACCGCCAUCUCCGUCCUGUUACUGUGUGACUGCACUGAACUGAGCUAGAACCACACAGGAAGUCUGGACGUCUGUAGAAGAGUUAGCUGUACAGUGUUGAAUUAACUAUUUAUAUACAAAGAGAGCUAAAAUGCUGAGUUAAAUCAGAUAUUUAAUGCACACUUCUGAGCCUAAAUCUUCAUUGUUGAGAAAUAUUUUUUUAUCUGUAAGUGUAAAUUAAAAGCUCUCACUAAAUCCGCAAGACAAAUCUGUGAAAUGUCAGUAAUUCUAGCAGUCGGUAUGUUAAAAGUGUACAGUUGAUCAUGUAUUGUGUAAAUGCCAUUAAUUAACACUAAUGUUGUCAUUGCAUUCAUCUAACCAUGUAAAUACACUAUCCACAUUUUUAUGAGUGAUUUUGAUAGAAGAUCUUGAACUGAAAACUAUGAAAUCAUUUAUACAGCAGCAGGUUAAUGGUCUCUAAUGCAUGGCAUUCCACAGUAAAACAUACUUUCAAAUCUAAAAUUCUGAU